CGCUUGUGGAAAACGAGGCUCUGAACAACAAGUGAGCCUGUCAUAAAUGUUGUAACAUUAUGUCUGAAUACAUGGCUGGAGGGUAUCGUCAAUGGUCUGCCGAAGAAAAUGAAGGACCACAAGCCAAACAAAAGUAUAGAUCUUUGAAGAGGAAGCUUAGAUGUCUUUUAUACGAACAAGAAUGUUUUCAAGAAGAGCUAAGAAGACUUCAAAGAAAGUUGCUCAGGGUCAAUCGUGAUAAAAGCUUCUUGCUGGAUAGACUUCUACAGUAUGAACCACCAGAGUUUUCAUCAUCAGAUGAAGAAGAUACUGCAUCAUCUGCUGAUGAAGGCCAGCAUAUGAAGAGUUACUGGAACAGCCAGAUGAGUGCACAUCAUUAUGAUUCAGUGCCACCAAAGAAGCCAUCUAGCAGUUUACAUGGUGCUCCCAGCACGUCUACUCAAGAAACAAAAAGCCAAGUCAAGUCCAAGAAGAAUACAGACAAUGUAGAGAAAGUGAGAUGCAAGCAGAUUGAAAAUGGAAAGCAAUGUUCAAAAAUGGUCAGCCGUAGAGUCAAAUCUGGUCUCUGUUUGGUACACAGAGGUGGGGAUGUCAAACAAGCAAAGUCCACCAAAUCACCUGCACAGCCAAGAGUGAGCAACACUGUUCAGCCAAGAAGUUCCAUGGAUUUUUAUACCCAGCCAAACCCAAUGAUAUCUGGUAUUUCAAACGACCACCUUCCUGCAUCAGCAUCAACAGGCAUCCAGGAUGAAAUCUAUUCCAUAUCAAACAUACACCAUGACAGCCCUGCUACAGAUUCUCAUGCCUCAUCCGAUUUCCAUAGUAACAUCUACGAAGGAGAUGACGAUCUUGUCAUAGAUCUGCCGGAGUAAGGUCAUCCUAGACUGACAUCAUUCAUUCCAAGUCUCUUACUAGUUUCUCACAUCAUUGGCAUUACUGGGAAUAUUAUCGACGGGAAUGAAUAUCAACAUAUCCGAACAUUUUGAAAACAUUUCGAAAAUUCUUCAAAAGAAGGACCGUCCAAGAACGCAGUUUUGUGCCCAUAAUUUCGCGAGUUCCUGAGCUAGUUCCUGAAUUUAGAAUUUUCAAAAUAUUGAUACUUGUCGUGACCAGGUCUAAAACCGCUUCAAAUAAUCGUUACCUUAACAAUUCUUAUUAGACACUUUCUUAUGUUACAAUAGUUUUGUAAAUAUUUAUUUAAAAUAGCUGUCUCAUUUG